AAAUGAGUCUCAUUAUCGAAGUCAAAGCGAGGCAAUCCUCCCGAUGCAGGGUGAUGACACAUGUGACUUGACACCAGCCUCCAGGAUGAGAUUAAAUAGUCCUGUGACGGUACCUCGAGGUAUCUAUCCGGGUUGAUAUUUCCUCACCUGCUGUAAGUCCGUCGUUCGCUACAGUAGUAAUCAAUCGUCUCUCGCUUGACCUUUGUUUACAUCCAUCACAGUCGUUUAUCAUCUGAUACUGUUUGGUUGCCUCAAUGCGGUUCUCUGCGUUGACUUCCCUCCUCGCCUUGGGAGCCUUCACCGGCGUCCUCGCGACACCCACCAAGGUCUCCCGGGCACCCUCGCUGGUGGAGCGUGACUUUGCCGCGGUCACCAGUGUUGUCGCUGCCAUUUCGUCCAAGGUCGAUGCUCUGGAUGCAAACAUCAAGGCCUACACUGGAGGCGAUACGUCCGCCAUUGUGGGCGCUUCUGCAGACCUCAUCUCAACCAUCAACGAUGGCACUUCCGUGGUGGCGGCCCAGCCAGCUCUGAGCCAAACUGACGCUCUGAAUCUGGUGAAUCCCAUCUUGGCUCUGACCAGCAAGGUCAAGACCACCAUCAACGACCUCAUCUCCAAGAAGAGUCUGAUCGUCGAGGCCGGCGCGGGUCCUACCACCUAUAACCAGUUGUUGGCCCAAUACACGGCCUCCUCGAACUUGGCUACGACCCUGUCUAGCAAGGUGCCGGAGGCUCUCAAGCAAGUCGCUCAAGAGCUGUCCGCGGGAAUCACCUCGGCCAUCCAGACGGGUAUCGAUGCCUACAAGGAUACUACCACCACUCCUACCGAGACCUCCACGCCAUGUGAGACCACUACCACUACUACUCCUCCUCCCGAGACCUCCACGCCCUGUGAGACUACUACCACUACUACUCCUCCUCCUGAGACCUCCACGCCCUGCGAGACUACUACCACUACUACUCCUCCUCCUGAGACCUCCACGCCCUGCGAGACUACUACCACUACUACUCCUCCUCCUGAGACCUCCACGCCCUGCGAGACUACUACCACUACUACUACUCCUCCUCCUGAGACCUCCACGCCCUGCGAGACUACUACCACUACUACUACUCCUCCUCCUGAGACCUCCACGCCCUGUGAGACUACCACCACUACUACUACUCCUCCUCCUCAUGAGACCUCCACGCCCUGUGAGACUACCACCACUACUACCCCUCCGCCUGAGACCUCUACUCCCUGUGAGACCACCACCACUACUACCCCUCCGCCUCCUGAGUCCUCCACUCCCUGCGAGACUACUACCACUACUACCCCUCCACCUCCUGAGACCUCUACUCCCUGCGAGACUACUACCACUACUACCCCUCCACCUCCUGAGACCUCUACUCCCUGUGAGACCACUACUACCACUACUACCCCUCCGCCUCCUGAAACUACCACUACCACUCCAUGUGAGACUACCACCAGUGUCCCUGUUCCCCCAGUGACCUCCACCUCCACUGCCACCGAGACCAAGACCUCCACCAACUCGGCCACCACCACCGCUACCGAGACGACCCCCUGCCACGAGUGUGAGGGCACCACCAGCGUCCCCAACCCACCUGGCCCCACCACCCUGACCACCCUGACCACCGCCCCUGCGUGCACGACUUGCGGUGGUGGUGGUGAGCAGCCCACUCCUCCCGUUGUGGUUCCCCAGCCCAGUCCCUCCACCCCUACGACUGUCGCUCCUCCUGGAGGACUCUCCACCGGCGCAGCCAGCAAACUGGGCUCCUCUCUUGGCAAGGCCAUGGCUAUUGCUGCAAUUGCGCUGUUGCUGUAAAUGAUCUAGUCGAUCAUAGAACGAGAUGGACACGAGUAUGAGAAAUGAAAGGAAAGGAAAGGAAAGGAUAUUAAUGUCUACUUAUAAUCUGAUUUUGUGAGGAGGAAUGUUGAUAUGAGCUUGGUGAUAUGAUUGUAUCUAUUUAUCGAUUCAGUCAGAUAGUAGCUAGUAGCUAGUAAUUCGAUUCGAACCCGGAAUUCUUUUCCUGUCUGAAUCUCGG